GGGUACCAGACGGAUGCGAAUAAACUUUGGUAAAAUUUACUUUACUUGCGGAGUAGUCGCGGAUCGACCGAGUUAAAUCGUGGCUGGCAGUGACAGGAUGUGUUGAAAAGUGGUGGGAGUUUUCGGGGAAAGUUUAUACCCAGUUGGAAGAACCGUAUCGGCAGUUUUAGCAGUGGGAAAGGGCUGUGUUGAGGGGAAGACGGUGUGGUGCCUAAAGUGCAGUAAACAGUCAUGACUGUGCGGCGUACAUUGAGACGCAUAGGCAAACGAGAAGUGUGCAUCGUUCUUUUAAGUUUAACUCUUGGAUUUCUCCUGGCAACAUGGCUCCGUGCUCACCCGGACUCGGACAAAACAUACACCUUAUUAGAUAAGAGAUGCAAUGCAGCUGUAAACCCACGGGCGGCGUCGCAAGAAGCGACGGUGCCCCCAACACCACCAAAGAAUUUUAUUUAUAUUGGAGUCAUGACGGCUCAGAAAUAUCUCAGCACCCGAGCGGUUGCCAUCAACCGGACUUGGGCUCGUACCAUUCCCGGCCGAGUGGACUUCUACUCCAGUGCCACCUCGGUCGUUGAUCCUAAGCUGAACCUGCCUAUCGUCAGACUGCAAGGGGUAGAUGACUCCUACCCACCGCAGAAGAAGUCCUUUCUGAUGAUCAAAUACAUGCACGACAACUUCAUUGACAAAUACGAGUGGUUUAUGCGUGCUGAUGACGAUGUGUACGUGCGCGGGGACCGUUUGGAGCCGUUUCUGCGUUCCAUCAAUAGCAGCCAGCGACUGUUCAUCGGCCAGGCGGGGCUAGGCAAGCAGGAGGAACUGGGUCUGCUCAACUUGGAAACGGGGGACAACUUCUGCAUGGGCGGCCCCGGUAUGAUCUUCAGCCGGGAGACGCUACGGAAAUUGGUACCCCACGUCAGCUACUGCCUGAAGAACAUGUGGAGCAUCCACGAGGAUGUGGAAGUCGGACGAUGCAUCAAGAAAUUUGCAGAAAUUGACUGCACUUGGGCAUAUGAGGUUUUUGCAUGCCUGAGUAUGAGAGAGAUCAAAAUACAGACAGGUAGUGUGUACGGCAUUGGAGGCCAUGUCUACAAAACUGUUAUUUCCUGCGUGAACAAGGCCAGCCUGGUCAGGAGACUAUCAUGA